GUAACUGAAGAUGUCCAACGAAUACUAAAGAAGUGCAAUUAUGAAUUUGUUUGCCGUGGCACCGUCAGUGUUAAAGGAAAAGGAGAAAUGUUAACCUAUUUUCUUGAAGGAAAGGUUAAUGGAAUGAAUUUGCAAACCAGAUCGUUAAAUUUAGAACGCAAAAUGUACCCAUAUGGAAAAGCAAAUAUUCAUGCAAAGUUAGGUAUUAGUUGUCCAUCAGUAGCCAAUUUGACAGCAAAUGCUUUAGAUCCAAUGCCAGAUGCAACAUCCCAUGCAAACCAGGGUUUGAAAUAUCUUCCUUCUAUAUCUCCAGUUGUAGAGAUCUAA